UUUCAGAGAGAACAUUCGAACAUAUAAUUCUAUAUUUGCAUUUACAUCAAUGGGAGGAAAGGUGGAUUUCUUUGUCAACAAAACAAAGGGACCUAGAACAUUCAGAUUGUCUGGGCAAAAUUAUCACCAGAUUGGAAGCUUAUUGCCUCCGGAGGGAUCUUCUCCAAAAUUUGCACAAUUGUAUAUCUAUGAUACAGAAAAUGAGGUGGAAAAUAGAAUUCAUGCUAUCAGCCGUGGUGAAAUGAACAAUCAACUUCAUGCUGAAAUUGUGAAUGAGUUGAAGCAAAUGCUUGAUGACAACAAUAUUCUUGCAAAGUCAUUUAGAAUGGUAAGAGAUCAAUUUCAAACAGACCGGACCUCAAAUGUUAGACUUAGAUUGAUAGGGAAAAGAGGCUCUGAUGGAAGAAGAUACAAUUUACCAACAGUUUCAGAGGUAGCUGCUUUGAUCGUUGGAGAUUUUGAACAAACAAGGUCUGACAGAGAUAUCAUAGUUGAAAGCCAAUCUGGACAACUACAAAGGGUAAAUGAAUUAAAUGCAGCAUACUUAGGUUUGCAAUAUCCAUUACUAUUUCCGUAUGGUGAAGACGGAUACCGAGAAGAUAUUCCUUUAAAUGAUAUUGAUGAUUCGACCAGUGGAAGGAAAUGUGUUAGCACGCGUGAGUACUUAUCAUAUAAAAUUCAAGAAAGGAAGGAUGAAGUUCCAACAAUUGUGUCAGCUAGAAGAUUAUUUCAGCAAUUCUUGGUAGAUGGUUAUACAAUGAUGGAAUCUUCUCGAUUGAGGUUCAUUAGGCUUCAUCAAAAACAAUUGAGAGCACACUUUUAUAAAGGGUUAUUUAUAACGGAAUUCCGAAGACCUUUGCAGAAUAAGAAAACAUGGUCACGCACAUGGGCAGUUAAUCGAACAUUAUGGGCCCGAACCCCGCUCAUGCAGGAUAGGCCAAGCUUGGGCCACGACUUUUCCGAUGAAAGCCUACUUAGCGUUUCGGCUUGGGCCCGACCUUCGUGA